UCCAGAGGUUUCACAUUCUUUUUCCUCCCACUGUGUAUCAAAUUGUAUUAUUGCUUGCUGAGAUUGGGGAUUUGUCGUUGUACUUUAGUUGACGCGCGCGCACACGCGAGCGUACGUGCGUGUGCGUGCCUCGCUGCUCAUGAGCUGCAAUUUGACAAACCCGAUCUAUGGCAACGGAGCGUAGCCGGGGGAGUAACGCAGCUUGCUUUGCAGAUUUGAGCAGUGGACUUGAGGAAGCGCUUUCCUUCAUGUAAAUGGUUUGAAUUUGGGCGGACGUCAUGCCGACCAUACUGAACCAUUGCAGAGUGCCAGAUACACGCAUUUAGGACAAUCGAAGCCGAAACGCAGGACCACCGUCAGGAUCAAGUGAGCAUUUUGCCAGGCGCGAGACAAGAUUUUGCAGGAAAACGAGAGAAUUUUGCCAAUAUAAACCCGGGUAUCAAGUACAGCGCCUUGUCUCUUGGCAACGGGAGAGAUCAGCAGCAGUUCGAAAUGACCACCCUGGAACGUCUGAAAUUCGGAAAGGAGGCAAAGGACAGCGUUACGCUGCUGCCAUGUUUUUAUUUUGUAGAGCUACCUAUUCUAGCCCUAGCUGUCAUCAGUCUUUACUUCCUGGAGCUAACAGAUAUUUUCCAGCCAGUGCAUUCCGGAUACAGCUGCAAUGACAAAAGUCUUUCUCUACCCUACAUCAUACCCCAAAAAGAAGUUUGUCCUCUGCCUCUGCUCUUCAGCUUGGUAUUUGCCAUUCCUACUGCCACUAUUCUCGUAGGAGAGGCUAUUCUAUUCUGCUAUCUAUCCAGGAGGUCAUCGUCUAUGCAGACUGAGGCAAACAUCAAUGCCGCAGGCUGUAAUUUCAACUCUUACAUUCGCAGAGUUGUACGCUUCAUUGGUGUCCAUAUCUUCGGCCUGUGUGUGACAGCACUGAUAACUGACAUUUUUCAGCUGUCCACUGGACAGCACGCACCUUACUGGCUGGAUGUGUGCAAACCCAAUUUAACUAACAUUAAUAUUUCGACUUGUGAUGAAGCUUUUAUUUUGGAUGACAUUUGUUCUGGACAAGACAUCAUUCUCAUCAUUGCUGGGAGGAAGUCUUUCCCCUCCCAGCAUGCUUCUAUGGCUGGCUUUGCAGCUGUUUAUGUCUCAAUUUAUUUAAACACAGUGCUGACAGACUCCACAAAGCUGCUGAAGCCUCUGUUGGUUUUUUCAUUCAUCAUGUUCGCCAUCCUAGCCGGAUUAACCAGGAUCAUACAGUUCCGAAACCAUCCUGUUGAUGUCUACUGUGGAUGGAUUCUGGGGAUAGCUGUUGCUACAUACCUGGGAUUUUUUGCAGUGGGAAGUUUCCAGCCCAGCGAAGAUAAAUCGAAAAGACGACUGCUGCCCCUCACAUUAGGGAAGCCUCUCCCAUCUUCUUUCCACAGUGUCUGCCAAUCAGAAGUCAACAACAGCCACCAAGUGGGCCACCACAUGUUGACAGCCAGCCAACCAGAGCCAGUCAACACCAGGACCAUUUCCCACACCUUCUCGCCUGAGCAGAAAGAACAAAUUCUCAAACGAAGCUCCUCCUACCGGGAGCCUUCUCAGUCCAAUCUGAAGAUCGCCAAUGCUGAUUUGGAAAUGAUCGCUGCGCCCAGUCCUGUGAGGAAUUGUGAUAAAACCUUCAGCAGCAGCACAUUGCCAAGAUCCCACGGUGGCUCAUCAUUGGAGGGAUGUCGCGUUCCCCGCCGUCAUGCUUCUAUCCAUUCCUCAAUGGAUUCAACCCGAUCCAAGCAACUCCUCAGCCAGUGGAAGAAUAAAAAUGACAAAAGGAAGCUAUCCCUGCAGGCCAUGGAUGGCAUAAGACCAGUUUCCUUAUCUCCUCAAAGAGAUGUGCAGCAACACUACCUCUCUGAAUCAUCUGCCAUAGGUUUGGAUACAGAGCUCCAGGGUGGAACCCACCUGCCUUCACCCACUGGCCAGGAAGGAUCCCACAUCCCAGCCUCAUAUAUAAAAAUAGCUGCAAGCUGUGUUCCUAUAGCCAAUAAAAAAACCUUGACCCAGAAUGAAGGUAUUGGCUUUGCUGUUGGACCAAGAAUGAUUAUUCAGUCACGUCCUGGAUCUUCUCAGCUAGUUCACAUUCCUGAGGAGGAAAAUUCUACUACCAAGGAUCAGGAGAGUGAAUCAGAAGAGAGUGCUUUGGAUGUGGUUGGGUCUGCUAAACAAAAGUGGAUGAGAGUUUCGGAAAAGACCACCAUCCCCUGCAGACCCCUCAGUGCAGGCGGUCAGCCACGACUCAUGCAGGUAAUUGCUUUCUCAAAACAGCAGGGCUUGCUCAACUCUCGAUCAGAGGAUGGUGGCAGCACUGUCAGUUGCACUGGAUCUAUUCGGUACAGAGCCCUAAUGGACCAGGAGUCAUCACCACCGGCCUCCACUACUGGUGCAAUGGAAGGCCAAGGAUUGGAACGAACCGGCAGUAUAGUCCGUGUUGAAGCCCACCCAGAAUCAAAUAAGCCUGUGGUGAAACCUCCAAGCACUGAUGGAAGUGGCUCUUGGCGUUGGAAUCCAGGAGAAAAACGUCCAUUGCUACAACAGUCAGUUUUUAACAUCAAUGAUUUACACAGAAAUACAGACAGCUGUGAUUUCCCAGAGGAUGCUGGUUCAUUGGAUGGGUGGCAGAGUGUAACAGGGACUAAAUUGGAAAGCAAAGGUGUUCUAGAAGGUGGUGUACACACCAUUUCCCCACAUGCAGUAUAUCCGUUCCAUCAGUCACCAAAUUUUCAGGAUCCCAACUCAAGCAAACCUGUCACUCCCAGUGCCAUAUUUGCGCCUCCAUUCCAUCACCACCCUCAAUCUAUCACUACCAUUAGAGUCACCCCUGUGGAAUCAACUGGUGCCAGUAGUGAUGGCAGCUCUGACAGCCAGUCAGCUGCAUCUUCCAGCCGUGAGUCCACCUUAAGGAGAAAAAGUGGCACAAACAUUCACUUCACCCAAGAUCAAGGGCUUACAACUGAUCACAUUCUCUAUGAGAAGAGCAACCUCUUCCAAGAAAACCUGAAAGGUUUUCAAGGCAACCCCAACCACUGUAACAGGCAAUUACAAGGAAUGUUUAGCCGUUCAGGCCGACACCCCCCACCUACUUUACCCCGUCCCCUUAUGACUCACUCCCCACCUCCAACUCUCGGAUUGGCCUUCAAGGAAUCUUAAUGUGAAGUACAUCCAUUAAAACAUGGUAAAAUGUUGUCAUGCAUCACCAAUGGGGAUUUUAUUUUCUGGGCAAUAUACACAUACAUUUUGGCCAUUUGACAACCUGACUGGGCCGUAUCCUUUAGCUAUUUAUUUAUUUCUCUCCAUUGCCUUGGUGGAAGUCAUCUUAUAUUUACCUUGUAAUGUGCUUCAAUAUUUGUUUAAUUAAUAAGUAAAUUCAUGUUACAAGCCAUAGAGAACCUACUGAAAUCUUAUCGAGAACAUAAUGAUGACAAUUGCAUUCUGCAGGGUUCAGCUUGAUUAAUUUUACUUUAAAUAUCUUAUGUCUACUGGAUAACUGAAUACAGCAGACUAGUGGCUUUUUCAUUGCUGAAAACUGCUGAACGUCUGACAGCUGUUCAGGGCUUUACUAUACACAAAAUCUCACCCGUUAAUUGCGCAAAAAUUGAUGCACCCUCAAGACCUUGCCGCCCAAUCUCACCUGUUAAUUGCGCAAAAAUUGAUGGACCCUCAAGACCCUGCCGCCCUCCUCCGAUUACUAGGUCACUGAUGAAUCAGUUUAUAUAUGAAUAAGAUUUGAUUAUUCACUAUUUAGAAGACUGAUGAAUAUUAGUGCCAGAGCUUUUCAAAUUUGCAUAUACUCCGAAUUAUUGUUCGAUUAUUGUAGAAAUUUUACAAACCAAUUUAGAAUAAGCGUGUAAAAGACUGAUAAAAUAGUAGUCAUUUUUAAUAUUUUGACCUGUAUGUUUUUUUAAACCAGUGUAGACACAACAUAGUAUAUCCUGUUUUACAUGGGCAGACUUUAUUCAUUUUUAUAGCAUCAAUUGCUUUAAGUGAGUAAAAGACAUAAAACAGUAGUCAUUUUUAAUAUUUUGACCUGUAUGUUUUUGAAACCAGUGUAGACACAACAUAGUAUAUCCUGUUUUACAUGGUCAGACUUUUUUAAUUUUUAUAGCAUCAAUAUCUUUUUGGAUUAUGAAGUAUUAGUAUAUCCCCAUUCAAUUAAAUCUACUCCCUAAUAAUCAGGUUUCAGUUUAUGAAUAUACACACUAAUGCGAUUAAAGUCAGCAAUAUAAAACAAAAGUUGGCACAAGGGCAAUGUUAAUCUUGUACAAAAACACAACUGUGCAAGAAGAGCCAUAGAGCCAUUAUUUGGUCCGUACUGGGCCCAAAAUCAGCCCAGGAAUUUAAGACGGAGAGGCCCCCAGUGCACAUGACCGAAGCCAGAAGUAUUUGUUGUCCCUCCUGUCGCGCAGCAAGGUGCUGAACGGCAACCAAUGAGCAGUGACCACGAUUGUAGGUCUCAUCAUAUCUGUGGUAUACUAUACAUAAUACAAAUUACCGAGCCAGUACGGCAGCCUGACACACUGUAUCACUACCAGUCUGGUUAUUGAUGGUUCCUGUUCCAUUCUGGGUCACUGAUGGUGUAGUGGUACACUCGCCUGACUUUGGUGCGGGCAGCGUGGGUUCAGUUCCCACUCAGUGACGGUGUGAGUGCGAAUGGUUGUCCGUGUCUAUAUGUGCCCUGUGACUGACUGGCGACCAGUUCAGGGUGUAGUCCGCCUUUCGCCCGAAGUCAGCUGGGAUAGGCUCCAGCGCCCUGUGACCCUAACCAGGAUAAGCGGUGUUGAAAAUGGAUGGAUGGAUGUUCCAUUCUCUUCCUUCUUCUCAUCCUCGCCCAACAAGACAACCACAUAUUCCUCCUCCUUCCCCAAGACCAGCACCACCUCCUCACUGCCACCAUGACUGGGGUCACCCAGUCCUUCAAUAGCCCCUCUGCAGUAUUGGGCAGAUUACUUUGAGAAUGUAAUUGGUUACAAUGAAAGGUUACCCUUUUGAAAAUGUAAUAGUAGUGUAACUAUUUCAAUUACUUUCUCAAAGUAAUGUAACUAAUUACAUUUGAUUACAUUUUGAUGUAUUUUUCUUUAUUUUGAACAAAUGCUCCAGUUUCAACUGUUAACUAUUUUCAUAUUUUAUGACGUGAUAGUGUUACAAUCUUUCAGCAGUAAUUAAGACCACACAAAAGAGAGAUAUAGUGUACACUUUAUGUCAAAAUUUGACGAGUGAUGAUUUAUGACCAUAUGCCGGAAGUGCAAACGUCAUCGGAAAUGACGUCUCCGAAAAUAGUACCGGAAGUCAAACCGGAAACCGGAAUAUGACCGGAAAUCCCCCAACACAAACAGGAAAUGGCAGGGCUGGAAAUCUUUCCGGAUCCAGUCACCUGUCCAAAAAUUACACCCCCUCAGUGGUCCCUCAUAUCUAGUCACCUUUGUCCCCUGUAGUGUAUAAUGUCCUGUCAGUUUUCUCGUCAUUUAUGGAAUGUGUAUGUGUAGAGGUUGGUUGAGUAGUCAAAAAAAGUAGGCUACUGAUGUAGGAGUACAUGCUGAUACUUAGGAAAAGAUGACUCAAGUAAAAGUAAAAUGUAGUCUUCCAAAUAACAGACACGCAAACACCGAAGGUAUGAAAAAGGUGACAAAAAAACAAAAACCUUGUAGAGGGGGUGUGGUGGAUCCCCCGCAGAGAAUUUUUUUUAUUUUAACAUAAAUUAAGCAUUGAACAUUACAAUAAGGCAAAAUAAAAAAAAAUUCUCCAUGCAGAAAAACACUUAUUUAAACCGCUCAAGUACAUGUUGAUGUACAAAUUUAAGAUUAUAAUUACAUUUGGCUCAUUUCUUCUUUUUUUUUUUUUUUUUUCCUUUGGCCCCCAACUUGAGCCAGGCCCAUCUCCACCUGCACCUGAUGCCUGCUUCAAGAUGUGCCACAUAAAUAGCAUCCUCGUCUUUAAGCACUCUCAUUCUGGAAAAGAAUUGAAUAAAAUCAUCAUCUGUUUCACUUCAUUUUUCACUAUUACCAACUUCAAAGGCUAAUCCCAAAUGCAUCCUCCAGGAAAAUAUUAAGUAAAAUAUUUCUGUUUUUAUUGGCUAUUUCUGAAUUUGAAGUUAGUUCAUUCUGUGUUGUGACAUAAUCCUUAACAUCACUCCGUCGCUUAAUACAGUUAACAUUAACAUCUGUCAACGAAUUAGAUAAUUGUAGCCACGUUUCCUAAUUAAUACAAGAUGUACUAGUAACUAGCGGAUCAGGUCUUGUUGCCGAUGUUACGUGUGCUUCGCAGUUCCGCUGCCAGGGCCAGGACCCGCAGCACCUCAACGCCAAAAUACAAAAGACCAGUGCAACAAAUACGACACUGGCUGAUCUGAUGAGCAAAAAUGUUGCUUAAACGUAAGAGUAGCAAUAGAGGAUUUCCGCUCCAAAGGUGGGUAGAGUAGCCAAAUAUUGAACAUCAAUUAAAAAAAAAUCUAAAAUGUGAAUGUGCAAAUUUAGAUGUGUGUGUGCUUGUGUGAGUGUAUGUGUAUCCACAGUCAAAAUUCCCCAAAACAUCUGCAAUUUAGUGCACGGUGUUUUCUCAAGUUAUAAGUGAGCUGAAAUAUCCACAUAUGGGCAGACAGUCCCAGAAAAAUACGACAAAACAUGAAAGUUGUUGUUUUGCUUCAUCUAAAUUUAAACACGAGUAGCGCACCGUUGCCUUCAUGGUAACGAUGACCUUCCCAACACGGCUGCCACAUACGCACGACGAUCAGCGGGGCAGGCUUAUCUAGAAUGAAUACCUAUGCCCGGAAAGCCCAAUGGAAGACAUUGUGUGAGGUCAUGUGACUUUCUAGACGUAAUUACUAGACUUAAACGUCACUAGCACUUAAAUUGGACUGAGACAAACUGCGCCCAGUGCGGAAGUCGUAGUCUCGCGCACGAAAUAGUUGAUAAAUAAGCAAUAAUUGAUCAAUAAAAGUAGCGAACGACAUUUAGAUCGUUGUAAUGGAGUACAAGUACCGUUACUUCUUAACAGCAGAAGCAGCGGAAGUGGUUUUUUUUUGUCUCGUCAACUCCUGUGACUUACCCAAACCAAGUCCCGAGCACACAGGCGGAACUCCAGGCCAAUGCACUCGCAUAUUAGUCUGCCGCGAAGUAAGAUUCAGAAAUUACAUCUGUGUGUGGAUGUGUGGAAUGGAUCUAGCUGCCAGCGUUCAAGGGGUACGAAACAGCCCAUGAUGUCAGCGACAGCAACCCCCCCACCCCCAGGAAAAACUCUUCGGAUCUAUACGAUUCACGUAAAUGGCCUAUUUUGAGUUCAAAACGGCAAAUUUCGCCGAAAGGCAACUGAUUUGCAUGGAUGAAAUAAGUACUUGAAAAGUUAAGUAUUCAGUGAGCGAAAGUGAAGUGAAAGUGGAAAAAAACUACUGAAGUAACUGGAGAGUAGCUUGCAUUUCAUUGUUUUUUUAACCCGUGCAUGAAUGUCAUAUAGAUACAAAUAUAUCAUACGACUGUAGAAAUUCAAAUAUUGUGCCAUUUGAUAGCCCAUGCUAUAGUUUAUCGUACACCCUCAUAUUCAUAUACAGACUAAAUUCGUUAGCCUGUCUAUGGCAUUUUGCUUGGUGUUACAGCAAUAACCUCACCGUCUUUCGUAAGAAAAAGCUUUCUGGUUGUUUUAAAUACUCAACAUGUAAUUCUCUGUCAUUUUAUGUUUAGUGUCAGAAUAAGCUUCAACUGAGAGUGGUAAUAAAAAUCUUGAAGCCUC